AUGCGCUGUGUGUUCUUUCCAAUCAGCUGUCACAUGACUCUUGUAUUCUUUGGUUGAACUAUUUAGGGGAGUUGGCCAUCAAGAUAAAUAUUGGAAUUUAAUUUUGAAAUUUAUUUGGUCUUUGAAAAUACACUACGAAAAUGACGGCCAGCCACAAAUCAAUAAAAGAUAUUAUUCCCGCUUUGCCAGAUGAACGAAUAGACAUGCUGGCUGCUACAAGUGUGCUGCAGCAGCAAGCGACAGAGAUACGAACCCAGCGUGUCAACUGGCAGUCGUACUUACAGUCGCAGAUGAUCUCACAAGAGGACUACAGCUUCAUCGUGGCAUUCGACAGUGCUGACGGGCCCACCCGCGACACCUUGCUGAAGAAGAGUCGUAACCAGUGUGCCAAGACCUUCCUCAACCUCUUGGGGCACGUCUCCAAAGACCAGACCAUCCAGUACAUCCUCAUCAUGAUUGACGACAUGCUGCAGGAGGACCGAAGCCGCGUGGAGAUCUUCAAGGAGCACGCGGCCAAGAAGCGGGAGACGGUGUGGGGCCCGUUCCUCAACCUGCUGAACCGCCCCGACGGCUUCAUCGUGAACAUGACGUCGCGCAUCAUCGCCAAGAUCGCGUGCUGGGGCCGCGACCUCAUGGAGCAGUCCGACCUGCACUUCUACCUCACCUGGCUCAAGGAGCAGCUCAAGAAGAACAGCGAAGCACUGUUGGAAGUGAGCUUGCAGCAAGCCCCCGUCGCCGGCACUGAGUCUGGGGACUCGGCAGAGACCCACGAGGAGAUACCGAACAACGAGUACAUGCAGUCGGUGGCGCGCUGCCUGCAGAUGAUGCUCCGCAUCAACGAGUACAGGUUUGCCUUCGUGGCCGUGGACGGCAUCUCCACGCUGCUGGCCAUCCUCAGCAGCCGCAUCAACUUCCAGAUACAGUACCAGCUGGUGUUCUGCCUGUGGGUGCUCACUUUCAACCCGCUGCUCGCUGAGAAGAUGAACAAGUUCAACGUCAUCCCUAUCCUGGCAGACAUCCUCAGCGACUCCGUGAAGGAGAAAGUGACUCGCAUCAUCCUCGCUGUAUUCAGGAACUUGAUAGAGAAGCCACAAGACGCGCAGGUGUCGAAAGAACACUGCAUUGCCAUGGUUCAGUGCAAAGUGCUUAAACAGUUGAGCAUCUUUGAGCAGAGGAAGCUGGACGACGAGGACAUUGUGGAGGACAUAGACUUCCUGAACCAGAAGCUGCAGGCGUCCGUGCAGGACCUCAGCUCCUUCGACGAGUACGCGACGGAGAUCAAGUCGGGGCGGCUGGAGUGGAGCCCCGUGCACAAGUCGGCCAAGUUCUGGCGCGAAAACGCGUCGCGCCUCAACGAGAAGAACUACGAGCUGCUGCGCAUCCUGAUCCACCUGCUGGAGUCCAGCAAGGACCCGCUGGUGCUGAGCGUGGCCAGCUUCGACAUCGGCGAGUACGUGCGCCACUACCCGCGCGGCAAGGACGUGAUAGAGCAGCUGGGCGGCAAGCAGCUGGUGAUGCAGCUGCUGGCUCACGAGGACCCCAACGUGCGCUACGAGGCGCUGCUCGCCGUGCAGAAGCUCAUGGUGCACAACUGGGAGUACCUGGGCAAGCAGCUGAAGAAGGAGGAGACGCAAGGCACGCCCGCGCAGGGCACUGCCGUCAAGGCGUAGGCCCUUCUCGCACGCUCGUCUACGUAGUGUUCAUCGUCGUACUUACUCUGUCGGUCACGCUGCUGCCGCAUCAACAUUCCGCUGUCAGGAUAGUGCUGGCAGCUGCCGGACUGGGUCCGUUGUGUGUGUGUUUUGUACAGAUGCAGUAGUUGGGAGAUUGAAUUUUAAUUUAAUGAUAAUUAAGUACCCAAGUCGUAGCUGUGCGGAGAGAGAGCCCUGUUUGUUACAUCAUAGUGUACAGAAGUUUAUUUUUCACACAUUUUUCUGAUUCGUUGUUGAAAAAUGUGAGGAAUUUAGUAGUCUAAUGUAUAUAUGUAACUAUGCUGCUGUACAAUUUAAUUUAAUUUAAAGUAAAUAUGGUUCUAUGUUGGUAA